AUGGAGAUGGAAGAUUUAAGAGGAAUGAAACCUGGUCCAGCUCAGAUAAUAGUUGAGGAGGUUGACAAGGAUAAAAGGCAAUCUCAUAAAGCUAAAGGCUGGAGAAGAAUCACUGGCAAAGAUGCAAAGAUAAGGGAUGGAAUAUCAACAAAUAUAUUUUCUGAUCCAUGGAUUCCCAAUCAUCAUUCUGGUAAACCUCAGCUGAAAAGAGGAGUAAGCAGUAAUCUGAAAACUGUGAAUCAAUUGAAGACUGUGGGGAGAGAUAGCUGGGAUAGAGAGUUGCUGCAGGAGCUUUUCAUUGAGGAAGAUGUGAAGGCUAUACUGGAGAUUAACAGUCUGAAUCAAAGCAUGAAAGACAGGGUGAUGGAAGUCAGAGUUCAGCUAGAAGUCCCAGCUUGGUUGCUGCUUCCAGCUACUAGUAUUAAGUAG